CGGGUCCAGGCCCGCGCACGCAGGCAGACAGGCGGUGCCGGGGUCGCGCACGCAGGCACCCGGCCGAGGAUCACGCACGUCAGCAGGCUCGCGCGGUAUAGCGGUGAGUUGGAGUUGGAGCGGGAGCGGCUGAAGAGGUGUCGCGACAGGGCAGCGUCGCAUUAAACCACGGAGUCACAAAUUUAUCAAUCUCAUCAUUUCUCUGUUGACACGUGGGAUGUAUGUUUGGGUCAUUUUGCAGGAAAUCAGAAGCACGGCUUGUGUCAACGCAACACUCUAAGCCAAUUCAUGAAUUAGAGGAACGGUGUGUGCAGAAAAAAUGAAUCGUUGAAUCAGUGAACCACACAGGCAAGCUGCUGUGCAUACAUUGGCCUUCAUCAACCGUGGGAUUCAGUUUAAGAGCCGAGAGGUUAUGCUGUCCCAAAGACAUUCGCUGAACUUGCGUGAAAAGGAAAAGGGUUAAAAAGAGACAUCUUCAGUUACGUGCUGGUAACUACGCUAGAGACAACGCAAUGGAUUUGCCUGUUUCUCCUGAGAUUCACAUUGUUGUUCAGGGUACCGAACAGGAUGCACUUGCUGCAACACCCCUUAGGAUUGAGGAUGAUGAGGAGGAUGAUCUGAACAAAACCUGGGGCGUUGAGAGAUUUGAUGACCUCCUUCAUGAUGCAUCAAGUCGGAACGUGGAUGAAGUGCGGCGCACCUUUGAUGAAGCAGAUUUUGAGUACCACCGUCACUCCUCACUUCACACUCACCACCCCCUCUCCACACACCUGCCAUCAGAGGGCCGCAGGAAGAAAGGGAGCCAGAAGAAGAGCAAGAAGACAGCCUCUUCUCCAACUGGUGCACCCACCAUCGAGGAGGGGGAUGAGGAGGAUGAGCAAAGCGAUGGCGCACUGGAGAAGAAAGAACCCAAGGAGGGCCCCAUUCCCUCUCAUGCCGCUGGAGAUGUUCAGUUCUUCAUGCCUGACGAGGAACUAGAAGUUAAUGCAGCUUUGCUGAACACACUGGAUGGUAACCGGAAGCAGCAGGACAUUCCAGCCCCACACAAAGAGCCUGAAGCAGACAUCCAGAGCAGUCAGCUCAGGAAGAGCAGUGAGCGCAUUGCACUCAGGGCAGCCACAGUCAGUGCUCCCAGUCUGCUGGAGGAGAACCGAGUGCUGCUGAAGACACCACUGGCUCAUCGUAGCAGUUAUGACCUGAAGGAGCGGCGCCGGAUCGGGAGCCAGACCACCGUCAAUGAGGCCAAGUUCCAAAAGAUACCGACUGACGAGCUGGAGGCGGAGAUGUUAGCUGUGGCCGAUCUAGACUACAUGAAAAGUCACCGGUUCGAGGAUGUUCCAGGAGUGCGACGGCACUUGGUCAGGAGGAGCACAAAGGGGACCAUUGUACAUGUGGGGAAAGACCAGUCCGAGCUUUACCCCAAGGCCAAGAAACCCGAUCGGCAGCCACAUGAGGUGUUUGUUGAACUGAAUGAGUUAACAAUGGAUAAGAAUCACGAGAUGCAGUGGAAGGAGACAGCCAGGUGGAUCAAGUUUGAAGAAGAUGUGGAAGAGGAAACAGAUCGCUGGGGAAAGCCACAUGUGGCUUCACUCAGCUUUCGAAGCUUGCUGGAACUCAGAAAGACACUGGCACAUGGUACAGUUCUCUUGGACUUGGACCAGAAAAGCUUGCCAGGAAUUGCACAUCAGGUGGUAGAACAGAUGAUCAUCUCUGACCAGAUCAAAGCUGAGGAUAGAGCCAACGUUCUGCGGGCACUGCUGCUCAAACACAGCCACCCCAACAAGGACAAGGACUUUUCGUUUUCACGUAACAUCUCCACAGGGAGCUUGGGCUCACUGAUGGCCCACCAUCACAGCCAGAACCACAUCGCUCCAACUUCUGAACCCUCCGUCACACAGCCACUGAUGGGAGAGAGCACUGACGCCGAGGUCAAAGUGACAGUGGAGAGUGCUGAGAAAGAAUGUCCCCUGUCUGAGAUGACCAGAUCGAGAUCAAAGCACGAACUCAAGCUCCUGGAGAAAAUUCCCUACAAUGCAGAGGCCACCGUCGUACUUGUCGGGUGUGUUGAGUUCCUGGAACAUCCAACAAUGGCCUACGUUCGGCUGCAGUCAGCAGUGGAGUUGGAGUCGGUGUUGGAGGUUCCCAUCCCAGUCCGCUUCCUGUUCAUCCUGCUGGGACCAUCCACCAGUAAUCUGGACUACCAUGAGAUUGGCCGCUCCAUUUCCACUCUCAUGUCAGACAAGAAUUUCCAUCGAGCCGCUUACCAGGCAGAUGACCGGAAUGACUUGUUGAAUGCAAUCAACGAGUUCCUGGACAGCAGCAUCGUUAUCCCUCCCUCCGACGUCCCAGGGGAGGAACUGCUGCUCUCAGUUGCACAAUUCCAGCGCAAGAUGCUGAAGAAGAGACAGGCAAAAGAGGAGAAGGCAUUGUCCAAAGAGAUCAAGAGUCAGGAGGAGAGAGCUCUCCUGAAACCAAAGAAGCCGGAUGAGGAGGAUCCUCUGAGACGGACCGGGAAACCAUUUGGUGGGGUGGUUCGGGAUGCUGCCCGCAGGUACCCUCAGUACCUGAGUGACUUCAAGGAUGCCCUGAACCCUCAGUGUAUGGCUGCCAUCAUCUUCAUUUACUUCGCUGCCCUUUCGCCAGCCAUCACAUUUGGAGGGUUACUCGGGGAGAAGACCAUGGGUUUGAUUGGUGUCUCAGAACUCAUCAUUUCAACAGCCAUACAGAUGAUUAUCUUUGGUUUGCUGGGGGCCCAACCACUACUGAUUGUCGGGUUUUCUGGCCCAUUGCUUGUAUUUGAAGAAGCAUUCUUUAAGUUCUGUGAGUCGAACAAAAUGGACUACCUGACGGGCCGAGUGUGGAUCGGGUUUUGGCUGAUUAUCAUCGUGGUGCUGAUCGUGGCAUUCGAAGGCUCCUUCCUCGUGAGAUUCAUCUCCCGAUUCACCCAGGAAAUCUUUGCUUUCCUCAUCUCAAUAAUAUUUAUUUAUGAAACAUUCUACAAGCUGGUAAAGAUUUUCAAGGACCAUCCUCUCCGCAGUUGCACGAACGGUACCCAGAACAUGACCGUUCUAUCUCUCACCUACCCAAACACCAACGAUACAAACCAAAGCAGCACGAAACGGAUAGGGGAGCCAAACACAUCACUGCUCUCCCUCGUCCUGAUGGCAGGCACCUUCUUUAUCGCCUUUUUCUUACGCAAGUUUAAAAACAGCCGUUUCUUCCCCGGGAGAGUACGACGCGUGAUUGGGGAUUUUGGUGUUCCUAUAGCAAUCCUCAUCAUGGUCUUGGUCGACUACUCCAUCCAGGAGACCUACACCCAGAAACUGAGUGUUCCCACUGGUCUGUCUGUCACUUCUCCAACAAAACGUGGUUGGUUUAUUAAUCCUCUGGGGAAGAACGGUAAUUUCCCCAUCUGGAUGAUGUUUGCCAGCGUGAUUCCUGCUAUCCUAGUUUUCAUCCUCAUCUUCAUGGAGACCAUGAUCACUACACUAAUCAUCAGCAAGAAGGAGAGGAUGUUAAUCAAAGGAACGGGAUUCCACCUGGACCUUCUGAUCAUCGUAGCAUCAGGAGGGGUAGCAGCUUUGUUUGGAUUGCCCUGGCUCGCUGCAGCCACUGUCAGAACGGUCACCCACGUCAAUGCACUCACCGUGAUGAGCAAAUCUGUGGCACCAGGUGACAAGCCCAAAAUCGAAGAGGUCAAGGAACAGAGGGUGACGGGGCUGGUAGUGGCUGUCCUGGUGGGCCUUUCGAUUGUAAUUGGUGACCUCCUACGGAAGAUCCCACUGGCUGUGCUGUUUGGGAUCUUUCUGUACAUGGGUGUUACUUCACUGAAUGGUAUUGAACUGUAUGAACGCAUCCAGUUGCUGCUCAUGCCUUCAAAGCACCAUCCGGAUCAUGUUUACGUGCGGAAGGUGAAGACUCUACGGAUGCACUUGUUCACCAUCAUCCAGAUCUUCUGCCUGGCCAUUCUCUGGGCUGUCAUGUCCACUGUCGCCUCACUUGCCUUUCCUUUUGUGCUCAUCCUGACCGUUCCUCUGAAGGUCUUUGCACUCACCAGGAUUUUCACGGAUCGAGAGAUGAAAUGUCUGGACGCAGAUGAUGCACAGCCCACCUUUGAUGAGAAGGAGGGGUUGGAUGAAUAUGAUGAGCUCUCAAUGCCUGUGUGAGGCCACGGAACCAGCUGUAAAAUCCUCUUGUGAAGCUGGAUAAGGAUGGAGGAGCUCAUCAACACCCGUCACCACAGGCACCUGUCAGCACACCUGUCACCAACACCCAUCACCAUCAACCUGUCACCACCAACACACUGCAGCAUCUGUCAACUACACCCAUCACUGACACCUGUCACCGAUGACACUCAUCACAAAUAUCUUUUACCAUCACCUGUCACCAUCAGCACCUGUCCACACUGUCAGCACAGUCAUCAGUCAUCUGUCACAACACUCAGUAUCAACAUCUGUCAGUAUCAGUAUAUGUCACCAAGGACCAUGUGUGAUCUAUUGCUGUCACCAAAGUCCACCUCGGCCAAAUUACAUCCAGCUCUCGGGGCUGUUCAUCACCUUGGGACUGAGGCAGGUCGGGACCAAGCUCCAUGCUACCAUAACCUGAAUUCAGGAACCAUCCAUGCACUUAAGUAUUCCUUUGUUUCAACAUCAGGAACGAGAAAACCCAAGCUGGUGUUUCAGAACUUUGUGAAUGUUCCUGACAUGCGGAAACGACAGCUCUGUAACAUCAUUCCUUAAUGAGAGGAUGCAGGAGAAGAAGCUGCUGGUCUGAUCUAGGACAUUCCCUCCAGCCGUGAAAUCGCUUCAGUCGUUAAUCCCAGAGACAAGUGCUGGUGCUGCUCAACAAUGCCACCACUCAAUUGAACCACAGAACCCCUGUUCACCCUUCCCAUACCCUCCACUCUACCCCCCCAUGUGAAACCAUUGAGCUGUCAUUGGAUUGUGAAAAUUUAGCUCUUGGCCUUCCUCUCUGCAACACCCCCCCCCCCACACACACACACACACACACACACACACACAGCACCGCCAUCACCACCUUGCCCUCUGACUAAAUGCUUUUCCUAGUCGGGUGCAACUUUGUAGGCUAUCCAAUUUGAUUGAAUUUCCAAGCCCUUUGUGCUCAACUGCCAGUCUUGAUGUGAACAUUAUUCUGCCUCUGUAUACACAAGAGAGCCUGCAGAUGCUGGAAAUCUUGAGCAACACACACAAAAUGCUGGAAAAUCUCAGGUCAGGCAGCAUCUAUGGAGGGGAAUAAAUAGUCAAUGUUUCAGACCAAGAUCCUUCAUCAGGUCCUGAUGAAGGGUCUCAGCCAGAAAUGUUGACUUCAUGGUUGCUUCCUGACUUACUAAGUUGCACCAGCAUUUUGUGUGUGCUUUUCUGCCUGUACACCUCCAGCACUGAGGCUGUCCUGGGUCCUGCUGUGGAUGUCAAUGUUCUGUUUGGAAUUCAGUCCUGAUCUCCAGGACACAGAGCUAUAAUUUUUGUCUGUGGAUUUUGAUCACGGGGUGAGUGCCAAGUCCAUCCAGCCCAUGAAGAUUGUCUCUUCCCUCAGAGAAAGGUUUGGAUAGAAAUGGGUCUCAUUUGCAGUUGUAACUGGUUGUUUGGCAUAAUUCAGCAGAGUUUCACAUGUGUGCAAAACUCCCCAGAGCUGAGGGCCUCACCCAGCUGAAGUGGGUGGUGAGAUCAGGCCCUGGUCAAUGCUACUGGCUUUGAAUGUUGCCAAAGAUCCAUUUGAUUUGUGAGGUGAGUGGGUCAUGAAUGGGCACUGGGAAUGGGGGAGACAUGGGGAGUCUCUACCCCUCUGAUGUGUUUGUCACUUCAAGUCCAGAGAUGCCACUGCAGGAGCCAAGCCCAAUCACAGAGUUACACAGCACAGAAGCAAGCCCUUCAGCCCAACUGGUCCAUGCUGACCAAGAUGUCCAUCUAAAGUCAGUCCCAUUUGCCUGCAUUUGGCCCGUAUCCCUUUAAACUUUUCCUAUCCAUUUACCUGUCCAAAUGUCUUUUAAAUGUUAGUGUAACUGUUGAGCCUCGGCUCCACAGAGAAAGCAAAAGGUGCAUACAUAAUCUUACAACCAAAAAUAUUUAGCCAACAGUUUGCUUUUGAAAGGACCAAAGAUCCUACAGUCCAACUGAUUUCACGGGCAAGCCUUUCACCCUCUGAACCGUGUGCUGUACUGUUGGGUGAUGCACAAUAAAUGGUGAUGUGUUCCUUCCCCAGUGUUCAUCGUGUGACCAGUUCCCAUGUCAACAGUCCAGUGCGGUUUCCAGUGGUGGAUCACAGUGCCAGUUGUUCCCAUGGGAGUUCUUGGUGCCAGUUGGUCAAUUGCUGAUCGGUUCAGCGGGUAGAAUCCAUUGCUGCCUUUUCAGUGGCAGGUGGCUAUGCUGGCAUGACCAGACAAGUACUAGUCCCAAGUGCCCCCAGUGAGGAGGAAAGCAAACACUGGGCCAUCCUUGAUCAAAACCAACUGCUGUAUCCAUCUUCCCUACUGUGGGUCUUACAGUCUCUGUCCCUCACCAACCUGUCCACACUGGCCUGUAGCUUCAACAGGUUAUUAAAUUUUGUAUUUAUACAAACUAGUGUCAAUUACUUUAGAUUUCGAGUUAAAAUCUAGGUGACCUUUUUUUCUUAUCCUUUAUAUUUGUACUGUAGGUGUUCACUUUGAAUGGCCUGCAUAAAAAUCAUUUUGUAGUAGAAGUAACAAUUAUUUCAUUAAUGAAAAUAACACCAGGGUACAGUGCUGAUGGGAGUGUCUGUCACUGUAUAAUACUGAGUACAGUACUGGUGGGGACGGGUCUGUCGCUAUAUAAACACCAGGGCACAGUACCAAUGGGGUCUGCUCUGUCACUGUAUAACACUGGGGUAAAGGCCAUAGUCUCAGAAUAAAAGGACAUCCUUUCAGAACUGAAAUGAGGAGGAAUCUCUUCAACUAGAAGCUCAUGUAUCUGUGGAAUUUUGUUGCCAGAUUGUGAUGGAGGCCGAGUCAUUGGAUGUACUUAAGGUAGAGACCGAUAGGUUCUUGAUUGCCCUUCAUUAGUUGAGGGAUUAAGUUCAAGAACUGUGAGGUAAUGUUGGAACUCUAUAAAAUUCUGGUUAGACCACACUUAGAAUAUGAUGUUCAAUUCAGGUCAUCUCAUUAUAGAAAGGAUGUGGAAGCUUUAUAUGGGCUACAGAGGAGAUUUACCAGGCUGCCUCUUUGAUUAGUGAGCUUGUCUUAUAAGGAAAAGUUGAGCAAGCUAAGGCUUUUUCUCUUUGGAACAAAGUAGAUUGCGAGGUGAUUUGAUAGAGGUGCUUAAGAUAAGAGACACUGAUAGAGUGGAUAGCCAGUGCCUUUUUCCUAGGGUGGAAUGGCUAAUACAAGGAAAGUUAUAGGGGGGAUGACAGAGGGAGGUUUUUGACAGAGUGGUGAGUGCAUGGAAUGCACUGCCUGUUGUGUGGUCGUAGAGGUGGAUUCAUUAGGGACAUUUAAGAGACUUCUGGAUUGGCACAUAGAUGAAAGAAAAAUAGGGGGCCUUUUUAGAAAGAAGCAUUAGAUUUAUCUUAGAGUACAUUAAAAAGUUAACACAACAUUGUGGGCCAAAGUGCCUAGACUGUUCUAUGUUCUAUGUAAAGGAGAUAAAGGUUAUGGGGUUAAAAAUUUUCUGCUAUGAUUGAAUGGCAAAGCAGAUACAAUGACCAGGUGCUGCUCUACAGUGUUAUGGGUACAGCACUGCUGGGGACUGUUGCAGGUUGGUAUUAGUGCUAGUUGCAAUAUUUUUCACUGAUCACAACUGAGGCAACAUGAUUAUCGCAGUGUGGAUUUAUGUUUGGGAGGCAAAUCUAUGAGAUUUUAAAUCUGUAGAUCCUGUCAAACUGAAAUAAAAACAGAAAAUGCUGGACCAUGCAGCAGAUGAAGUAACAUCUGGGGAGAGAGGAUCUUUUCUAGAUUUUGUUUCAUCCUGAAGCUGUUCAACCCGAAAUGUUAACUCUCCACCCUAGUGACUCCUCUUUAGUUUAGUCUGCAGUUGGCCUCAAAUACUUUUACGACAGAGAUGGGUUUGAAAUGACCCCUAAACCAGAGAGCUUAGGUUUAAGGAUAGUAUACCAAGGAAUAAGUGGUGUAGGGAGGUUUCCUCUUUUUGAAUGAAUUUGGAAAGAGUGCCACCAGGGAGUGAUGAGAAUUGGGAAUUGAGAAGCUGGGGAUAAUAGGAAUUUUCUCUCCUGGCUGAAGUGGGGGACAACAGAAGUUGCCAAAAAUAAGUGAGAUACAAGAGAUUACAGAUGCUAGAAUCUAGAACAACAAACUCUGCUGGAGAAGCUCAAUGGGUUGGGCUUUAUUUGGGGAUUUGUUUGUGUGUGUGGGGGGGGGGUAGAGAAUGGGCGACGUUUCAGAUCGAAACCCACAGCUCUCUUCGAUAACCUGGUCUGUCCAGUAUCCUCAGGUAGAGGUGUGAUGCCCACAGUUGGGAAGGGCUUUCCUCUCCUCCAUCCGUGAUUUGGGGGCAAAGUGCCAGGGUUUCUAGGGCCUUAUAGGUGAUUCCUCUCCCCAUCUUUAAUCAUCACUAAGUGCAGCAAAGUCAGAAUCUCCAGAGGACAGGACUGUUGUUAGAGUUAGCGUCCCUCCAGGGUUACUCUCUCCUACGAUCUGCUCCCUGUCCCCCGCCGGCUAGUGAAGCAGGCUGAAGGUGAAGUUUGGUUUUUGGUGGAGCCGCAUCUGGUGUCUGAUUUCCGCUCUCCAGCGGGUAGCGUCCUGUCAUCGCCCACAUCUCAUCGCAUCGCUGCUGUCCUGUAGCACGCUCCCUGAAGUCUACCUCUGACCAAGUUUCUCUUUUAGAUUUCUACACUUCUGUGAAGUGCCCUGAGACUUUUCUGUGUUAAAGGCGUCUUAAAAUUGCAAGCUUGUAAAUAAAGACUUCGCGAUCACCUCUUGUGCCUGCUGCCAGCUGGUGGUGGAAUGUUUUUGCUGCAAUAAUGCUGAUUUUAUUAUUGAUCCCUGGUCCUAAAGUCUUCUCUCGGGAGCCACCCUUUGGCUAUUAGUGACAUCUACUCCCUGCCGCCUGUGUGAGGUGUUCCUCUCCCCCAUUCCCACCCCACCGAGUGCUUCUCAUUAACCCAGCGUAUCCAAUAGAAAGAUCCCAAAAUAUGAAAAUGAGCUGUAGUGAGGGAGCGUCACAUUGCGAGGGGAGGUACCGAGGGGGCAUCAAACUAUAGAAUAUGCAGUACUGAAGGAGGGCUGCAAUGUGGGAGGAACAGUACUGAGGGAGCGCUGCACUGAUACCGUGGCUGAACUGAGAAGAUCUGGUGGGGCACUAUUCGGAGGACAGCUGGUCGGUUGUGAAGCUGCAAGAAACUACAGACACAAUGACAGCGACAAUUGGCCUGACUUUAUACGGAAAAGGCAGUGUCCUUAACGUCCUGUCAGGGUAGAUUGUGGCUGUCUCAGAAUUGUAAUCAAUAUUCUUUGGGGAAAAUUCAGAUGCUGUGUAAUUAAUAAAUCAUUUGUGAAAUCAAUAUUCCUCUGAGAUGGUUCUGCCUGUUAACGUAAAAUGAUUUGGGGGGAAAAACGUUGCCAGUUGAAUCACAUUUGACGGCUGUUAGUAAUUUACAUGUCCAUUAAGUACAGAGGGGGGGAUCACAAGCUCUGCUUGCUGAGAACACCGUCAAUUGGAAAUUGGAAAUUCAAUUGAGCAACACACACACACACUCACUCACUCACUCUCUCUCUCUCUCACCCCACCCCCCGCCCCUCUCGCUGUCGCUCUCUCUCACAAUGCUGGAGGAACAUAGGUCAGGCAGCAUCUCUAGAGGGAAACAGCCGGUAUUUCCGAUUGAAACCUUAAUCAAGACAGGAAAGGAAGGGGUCAGAAGCCAGAAAAAGAAUGUUUUUUUUUGGGGGGGUCAAACCUGGGAGGUUAUAGGUGAAAGAGGUAAAGGGCUGAAGGAUUCUCAGUUACAACUGCAGGUCGAAGGCUGGGGAUCCUGUGGGGAGCGGCUCCCCAAUUGUAAAGCUUGAAUCAGGGCUGGGACGGAAUACCCUCAUCUUAACCAGAUGAGGGCAACUCAGAUGACAUCCAACAAGAGAAAAUCUACAGAUGCUGUACAUCAAAGUAAUGCACACAAAAUGCUGGAGGAAUUCCGCAUGCCAGGAGGCAUCUGUGGAAAAGAGUGAACAGUCGACGUUUCAGUCCGAGACCCUUCACAGUUCUAAUAAAGGUUCGCGGUUUGAAACAUCGACUGCUUAGUCUUUUCCAUUGAUGCUGCCUGGCCUGCUGAGUUCCUCCAGCAUUUUGUGUGUGUUACACUGACGUUCAACAAGCCCUGAAACCUUGGAGAAAAUAGCCCAUGAAAGGCAUUGUGACUGCGGAAUAUACAACCUGACCGCUCUAAGUGUUCAUUGGCACCAUCUAAUCCAGUUAUACAUUAUUUAAGAGUAAUCCAGAUCAUAUCCAUAAUGUAUGACUUUCUGGAUAAUACAUAUCUGUAGAGGAGAUUUUUGAGGAUGUUGCCUGGAUUGGAGUUAUGAUGAGAGACCUUGGUCAGACCCCAUUUGGAGUUCUGUGUUCAAUUCUGGUACCUCACUACAGGAAGGAUGUGGAUACUAUAGAGUACAGAGGAGAUUUACAAGGAUAUUGCCUGGAUUGGAGGGUUUACCUUAUGAGAACAGGUUGAGUGAACUUGGCCUUUUCUCCAUGGAGUGAUGGAGGAUGACAGGUGACCUGAUAGAGGUAAAACGAUGAAGGGCAUUGAUCAUGUGGAUAGUCAGAGGCUUUUUCUCAGGGCUGAAAUGGCUAACACGAGGGGGCAUAGUUUUAAGGUGCUUGGAAACAGGUACCGAGGGGAUGUCAGGGGUAAGUUUUUCACACCGAGUGGUGGAUGCAUGGAAUGCACUGUCAGCAGCGGUGGUGGAAGCAGACACAACAGGGUCUUUUAAGAGCCUCUUAGAUAGGUACAAGCUUAGAAAAAUAGAUGGCUAUGUGCUGGGGAAAAUCUAGGCAGUUUCUAGGGUAGCUUACAUGGUUGGCACAACAUUGUGAGCUGAAGGGCCUUUAAUGUACUGCAGAUUUCUAUGUUCUACAAGAGACUGGAUGAACUGGACUUGUUUUUGCUGGAGUGAAGAAGGCAGAAGGGUGACCUGAUAGCAAAUAUAUUAAACUAUAAGAGGCACAGAGCAGGUAUAUAGUCAGAAUCUUUAUUCCAAUAGCAAGGCAAGGUAUCGAAAGAUGCAGAACUAUACCAGGUAAAUGGGCAAAAAAAGGUCUGCAUGGUCAUAGAGGAUUGACGCACCAGUUUCUGUGUGGUUCAACUCUGACUGUUACCUGGAUGGAAGAUGUAUGCCUUAUAUUCUAAAUGGAGCCAUUUAUCACUGAACCAGCCUCAACACUUGCCUUGGAAGCCAUACCUGUGAUUCUUGGUCCUAUACAUGAGUGAAGUCAAAUGAGCUGUGCCAAUACCAGGCAUUUCUUGCAGAGUCAGUCAACUGUUUACUCUUUUCUAUAGAAGCUGCCUGGCCUGCUGAGUUCCUCCAGCAUUUUGUGUGUAUUCCUAUCAGAGUCACGCCUAUGAGCCAUGCAUUCCCAGAAGACGCACCAGUAAACUGUACGUUUCCAGAAGACUCACACCAAUUAAAAUGGCUUACAAAUUUGAUGCUGGUUUGUAGUUCUGACCUAAAAUGGCUCUCUAAUCCAAAGGUCUCAUUUAUAUACUGCUUCAAAAGAACAGGCCAAAUGAAGUAGGGAGGUGGUGUUAAUCAAAAUAUUUCCAGAGCAGAUACAGAAGUAGUGGAAAGUGAUGUGGAAUUGAUUGGAUUUAAAAUCAUGAGCAGCAGGAAAAGAAAGAUAAGUAUGGGAAUAAUUUAUAGACCACUAAAAUAGGACUUCUCAGCAAGGCAAAGCACAAAUAUGGACUACCAAGGACACCUUUAAAGAGCACUGCAAUUAUCUUGGGAGAUUUUAAUCUACAUGCUGAUAUGAUGAAACUGACAAAGACAUAGUAGAAGAAUUUGUGGAAUGUAUCAUGGACUGAUUUUUAGAGCAGUACAUUGUGGAUUGUGUCCAAGGAAUGGGAUAUGUUUGGCUUGGUCUAAUUUUAAAAAGGGAUUUUCUGGUUAAAAAGAAAAAAUAAACUCUUGACCUCACAAUCUACCUUGUGGUUAGUUCUUGCACCUCAUUGUUUGCCUGCACUGCACUUUCUCCAACCGUUACUGCUUCUCCCUUGUCCUACCUUGAUGUACUUGUGUUUUGAAAUUAUCUGUGUGAGUGGCAUGCAAAACUAAAAUUAUCACUGUACCUCAGUAUGUGUGACAGUUAAUAAAUCAAUUACCAAU